CAUUACAAAUAUCUUCACCAAUCAAAUUUACAAGAAAGAAAGAAAAAACAUUCUCAAUGGGGAGCACAAGAAGUGAAUACUGUGUCUUCAUGAACUAUGAUCGAGAAUACGAUCGCCUUCAAAAUAAUCGAACUGAGAGAGGGGCAAUUGAGCUUGAUUUGUACCUUAGUAGAAAGCAUGAUGAUGUUUUAGCAAGAAGUUUAGAGGCAGGAAGUUACAACAAGAUAUCAUCUUUGGCUAUUGUUGAUGCUUUCAUUGUGGAAAUCACUGAGGAACAAGCCAAUGUGCUUAGAUCAGCAAAUGGAGUGAGAGUUGUGGAGAAAAAUGAAGUGAUAGUUUAACAGGUUCAAGGAAGAGAUUCAGAAGUUAUUUUGGAUGAAGAACUUUGUUUUAGAAUAAUUGCUUAUUUAUGCAUUAGUUGAAUUUUGAAUGAAUUCAAUUUGUCAUUGAGAGUAUUGUGUUGUAUGAAAG